AUGGCGUCAACAGCAGCUGCAGCCGUGCCCCGGCCUCCUGCCGCAGCAUCCAAGACUAAGCCGAUGCUGUUCAUCGACGCAACCAGCCUGACAAGGCAAGCAAGACCAGCGUCGAACGUGCCCACCAUCCUCGUCACUCCUCCUGAUGCACCUCCGCAAUACUCGACUAGCAUUCCUGAACAGCAGUACGAAAAGUCGGUUCUCUUUGUACCCGUCAAGACUGAGGAGCUAGGCUGGGAUGAGCACGGCCUCUACUGGAAUGGCACCUAUGCUUACCCCGUCCACCAGAUCUACAACAAAGAAGGCCAACCCAUUGGCCGAAGGCGAAAGGGUCCACACGGCUACCGCUUUGAAGAAUUUUACGACAACAAGAAACCCCGUCACACCUCGUCAUACACAUCAUCCGGCUCGCCAGAGGCAACAAGUAUGGCAGCGGCGGAUGACACUGUCGAGGAAGCCAUUGUUCGUCUGGAAGAACCCGCACCGCAAAGAAUCGACCGCGCCGCCAAAUCCGUGGUGCAACAAGAGCACAACGAUGCUCCCACGCUGGAAGCAAUGGAGGACAGCGAGCUUUUCAGCCCCACCAGCCCGACUUUGUCCUUGACAUCGGACAUGGCCGAGACCGAGGACUCGUGUUCCGUGUGCGACGAUUCGAGCUCCUUGUGGUCGCACAACGAUGCAGCCUCGGACGACGGAGACAGCAGGUGUACUUCGCCAGGUAUCAUGUCCCCGCCCAUGGACAUGGACUCAUCGGCCGAAUUGCAAGCAGAGACGCUCACCAAGAAGCUUUCGGACCUGUCCUCAACCGAAAUGGUCAGUCGGACCUCUUGGCUCUCUUUGGGCACAUUGCCAUGGUCGUCGUCAUCAUUGACAGCAUCGUCCUCGUCAUCAGCAGCGUCUUCGAGAUCGUACUCAGUACCCGUGCCGCGAACCAGCCGAGCCAAACCAGCGCUCGAGAUCGAACAACCCCAUCGAACAACCACUUGCAGAAUGAUCGUCGAUGCAUCGCAAGCCGAACGGCGCAGGCACAGCAGUCCACUGGCUUUCCAGUCCAUCAUAACCGACCUCACCACAUCGCCGUAUGCGCCUUGUUCGGCGUCGACGCCAAACACGCCGUAUCGAUCGGCGACGCUUCCACGCUCGGCAUCACGCAGUGGUUACACGGCAUCACGCAGUGGUUACACAAGCAGGAAGCCCGGAAGCCUCCUCCGUUCUCCGCCGCAGUAUGCACUGUCGCGCAACACGUACCAGCACGUCGCUCCCUCUCCACAACCAGCCUCUACCACUCGCGAUUGGCGAUCCACUACAGAUCCAGACUUCGCCGCUGGCUGGACCUUCGAAAACGCCUCUUCCGCUCUGGCCAACCACUACUGA